ACGCAUUAGACGUUACGUUGCAGCCUUGGUAAUGGCAAGUGACAGAGGGUGAGGAAGAGGAGGCGAAACUUUUCACUUAGUAGUUGCUGUUAGUUUUUAAUACUUUAUAGCAGCAGUGGUACUAUUUAUUUAUUCACUAAAGCACCGUUAAUGUCGUCUGAGUGAAACUUAACUGAAUUUCUAAACGCUGCUCGGUCUCGAAGUAACGUUGACGCUAACUAGCUGAACACACGGCAAGUUUCUUCGACUUCACGUAAAGUAGCCGAAGAGGAGAAACUAUGAGCAACAGAGAGGACGAGUAUGAUUAUCUUUUUAAAGUGGUGUUGAUUGGAGAUUCGGGCGUGGGUAAGAGUAACCUGCUGUCACGCUUCACCCGAAAUGAGUUCAACUUGGAGAGCAAAAGCACCAUCGGGGUGGAGUUUGCCACACGCAGCAUCCAGGUUGAAGGCAAGACUGUCAAGGCUCAAAUCUGGGACACAGCCGGGCAGGAGAGAUACCGAGCUAUCACCUCUGCAUACUACCGUGGAGCGGUCGGCGCACUCCUGGUUUACGACAUUGCUAAGCACCUGACUUAUGAAAAUGCUGAGCGUUGGCUGAAGGAGCUGCAGGACCACGCGGACAGCAACAUAGUCAUCAUGCUGGUGGGAAACAAAAGUGAUCUACGCCACCUGAGAGCGGUGCCCACAGACGAAGCCAAGGCCUUUGCAGAGAAGCAUGGCUUGUCCUUCCUGGAGACAUCAGCAUUAGACUCAUCUAACGUGGAGCUGGCUUUUCAAACUAUUCUCACAGCCAUCUACAACAUCGUGUCACAGAGGCAGAUGUCAGGGCGAAGCGACUCAGACUUCUCACCAGCCUCCAACGUAGUGCCCAUCACGGUUGAGCCCACCCAAAACUCAGCCAGUAAGGGCGUCUGCUGCCAGAACAACUGAGACCUUAUCACUGAGCUCCUCCUUCACCUCCAGGCAAAUGAAAGAACAGCCAGACAGACGUAUGUACAGGGAAAAAGAGAGUGCAGAUAAGAAUUUUACUCAAGGACACUUUUACUUGGUUGAUUUUACUGUUGUCUGGUUUAGAAAACAUAAGGUAUGAAAAGGGAAACCAGUGACAGAGGGAGGGUAAGGGCGUUCAGACAUGCAGACAGGGUGGUGUGGAGAAGUGAGUGAUACAAAGCAGGUGAGCUGCACCCUACCCAGCGCGUUAAGCUUUGAAAGAGGUACAUGAUCAGAAUAUUUUAACAAUCCAAUGAAACAUUGAACAGAUUACAUGAGCCCUUUUGUAUCUCAUCACAAUUUCUGUCUUUGCAAACUGUCCAGUGCUUUAUGCUCUGUUUUACAGGCCAGUAAAUGCUUUUCCCCUCACUUCGCGCUACCACAGGAUAUUAAGAAAUAAAAAUCCACAUCCAGAAAAAAAGAAUGGCAACCUGGCCUUCCCCACUGUCGUGUGCAGUUUUCCAACACGUGUAAUAUUUCGACAGUGAUAUUUAAUGACACUAAUUUAAGGUCCUGUUUUUCCUUUGGGCCCAACACCAGUUGAUUUAGAUUUUCCACAGCGUUUUUCUGCACAGCAAAGGGAUCCUUUUUGCUUGUUAAUGCGCUUGCUCAGUCACGUCUAUGUGAGGAAGCAUGUAAGAGCAGCUACCCGCUCUAUGGGGGAGCAAGGGCUUCGAGUCGCUUUUUCCCUAAAUGCACAGGCUGGUGGAAGGUGGUUGGUUCAAGUUGUGUUCCACCAGGCCACUUAGAGCAAUAACAUCCCUCCCUAACAGCGACAUGUCAUUUCUUUUUGAUUGCUUUUGAUCUUUGUUUGGAAGGCUUUCCUGCUAUGUGCACACUUUGUGCUCUGCAGAUGAGUCAUGCUCUUGUGAGCCUUUCACUGUGUUGACUCUAUAUCAGAUGGGGUAGCUGCAUCAGUAGUGAAUGGACUAACUGCCUCAUCUGUUGGUGGGAUAGUAGUUUUGCCUCUGCUGAUGACUGCUUCACCCCUGACUUGAACCGUAAGUUAGGGAAUUUAUUUAAAUCCAUAGACAACGCUUUUCUGCUGCCUGCUAGCUGUGAUGGAUGGAUAAUAUUUCAGAGGAUGAGGUAGUGAGGGCACUCAGCUCCGCUCUGCUCAUGUGGUCUCUGAUGUACCCAAGAUGGCUUGUUUUACUGUAAGUGAAAUCCUCUACUGCCUGCUCACCUACUCCUUUAAGUCUCUCUUUACACCGUAUGUAACUGGAACAGGACUCUGCCUUCUGGGAUCUCCCAGAGGCCUGCCCUGGCUCUCUCGGGUCUUUAUUUCCUGUCGGGGGUGGGGGUUGUAUUCAGGAGCCAGGAAUGAGUUUGUUAAUAUCUAAUAGUUUGAUAGAUGAGGAAGAAAUGCUGUGUUAGGAGGGGAUUGAUUAAAUCCAAAGGUUAUGCACACAGAUGGUGUUUAUCCUACUGAUGUUUUCCACAUCAGCACUGACUGCUGUUGACUUUACAGGUCUUUAAACUGGGUGGUGUAGGUUAGGGCUUUUUAAACAUUUAUUCUAAUAUAUGUAUAUUUGGACUGCAUAUGUAUAAAUAAAUCUCAUUUGUUAUCGCCUG